AAAAUCAGUUGAACAGAGCAGAUAUAAAAACACCCGAGAGAACAACAACAACUCACAUUUCUCUCUUGCGUCUCCAUCUAUCGGAAGGAAGAUGCUUUCAAGGAUCUGGUCCGAGUUUUGGAGAUGGUUGUCAAGUUACUGGCGAUCUUCUGAACUGUCAUAUCAAGCAGCCCUUGACUUUGAACGAAACUUCCGACAUAACCUUCCUCGCCCCGUACUGGAUGAGGCGUUUCGCAGGCUCCCUUCUCAUACAUUGCACGAGAGGGAACUGGCAAUUUAUACUCAAUUCUUUGGAUUUCAUGUUCCCGUGAAUUAUGAAUUGCAAACAGUUGAGGAAGAAGUUAGACAAUCUCGAGAAAGUGUCACUAUCUAUGACGCCUCUUACAAGACGCAAUUCUAUGUAUGGGGAGCAGAUGCGCCGAGGUUCUUGGAUCACAUGGUGACGUCGGAUAUAGCACACAUGGUAGAGGGGAAAUCUGUCGUGACCGUGAUGACAAAUUACUUUGGUGGCAUAAUAGAUGAUCUUCUGAUUUCAAGACUGAGUUCAGACAAAUUUCACGUUGCUGCAAAUAGAACGAAAGUUUGGAGGGAAGUUCAGAAAAGCGUGGCAGAAAGUAGAGGACGGUUGGAUUGCGCAAUUUCUGAAGAAAAAUGCUAUGUUAUGCUGCAAGGUCCUGAAUGUGAAGAUUUCAUAAAAACUUAUGGGACGCAACUUGAAGAGUUACGUUAUUUAGAAUGCAAAGUAAUAGAAAAUGACGGUAUGCGUGGUUACAACCUUGUAACUCGAUAUAGCUAUGUUGGUGAAGAUGGAUUCGUUAUAUCGUGUGGAAAUGUCUCCGGUUACGUACAAGAUCUCAAAAACUUUCUCUAUGAUGAGGACUCGUUUCACCCAGGCUUUCAGUUGAUAGGCCUAGAAGCGAAAGAGUGCCUCAGAAUCGAGGCAGGUGGUUGCCUUUCUACUUGCGACAUUAACGAAAACACAACACCUGUAGAAGCAGGAUUAACGCGUUUAAUCAGUGGAACAAAAAAAAGAUAUGGUGGAUUCCCUGGUUUCGUUAUUGUUUUAAACCAGUAUGAACACAGACCAAAGAAAAUAAGAGCAGGAUUUUCUUCUGAUGUAGGAAGGAUACGCAAAGGAGAUAUAGUUAGAAGCCCCGAUGGAGAGGAAAUUGGAAUUGUUACCAGUGCCACAUAUUCCCCCACACUCAACAAAUUCAUCGCUUUGGGCUAUGUGAAAGCUACUUACCACGGUCGGACACAUGAUUUGAUAUUCAAUGACAACAUUCCAGGAAAGUUUGCAAGUCUGCCAUUUGUUUAUCACAGAUAUUGAACAAUCUCGGAUUCAGAUGAAUAUGAAUCCAAAAAAUUUCUUUAUUACUAAUGGAUUUGAACGAAGUUUUUUUCAAGUGGGAAAAAAAUACUGUUAUUUUGCUUACAACUUUGUAAUAACUGUAUUUGAACAUUUGAUUUACGUUCUAAAUUUAAAGGUGUUGUUUUUACUCUCAUUUUACAAAGUUCAUUUUUCGGAUUUUUUAACUUCAAAUGUUUGAGGUUUAAAUACAAAUAAAUUAACAUAUAAUAUAUCCAUAAUUUCCCUUGAAAAUCUGAACAAGAAAAUCUUUCUUAGCAGUAAUUUAUCUUGAUUAUUUUCCACUUUUAAUAUAAAUAAAUGAUCGAACUGAAGUUAACAUUAUUAAUGCAUUUUAAAAUUUUCUUGGAUUUUAAGUAAAAUAAAUUGCAUAAAAUUUAAUAUUGAAGUUAAAACUAGAAAUGAAGUUCAGAAGAUAAAGUUUACUUUCUUUUUUAUUGAUUUGUACAAUACUAUUAUGGAUUGGCUUUUAAGAGAGCCCUAUGAUCAAUGUUAUAUUGUUGUUAUUUUACAAUAUUAUGUUAUUAUAAUUGUUCAAUGUCUUAUAAAUGCAGCACUAAUUUAAAUGAUUCGAUAUGCGUAAAAAGUUAUUAAUCUAGUUUAACUGACACAGUGAUUUUACUUUCCUGGAUGAAUAAGAGAUGUCUAUUGUUAGACUUUGAUACUUCGUUUUUAUUUCUUGCCAUGAGGUGCUUUUAGGUAUAUAUUUUUUUGUUUAUUCUUCUUAAGAUAUUCAAGAAUUAUCAUGUUCUUUGACGUAUUGCUUCUAUUUUUUUUAUAUUUUAUACAACUAUAUAGUUUAAACUAUAUAGUUUUGCACAAUGCUAUUAUUUAUUGAAUUUUAAGUGAAUCCUUUUCAGUUGUAUCAGUUGUAAAAUAUUCAUCAUUGUGAAAUAUUUUAAUAUGUGUAAAAAGUAUUCAUUUGGUUUAACUGACACAGUGAUUUUACUUAGCAUAUGUAUAAAUAUAUCUAGUGUUAGAAUGUAUAGUAGUAGUAAUUUCCUAAGGCACUUGCCAAGGAAAAGCCAACUGUUCAAAGACAGCGGAGUUAAGCCUAAGGGGGAGCGCCUCUUGUUUUCAUCGUAGAGCCAACUUGGGCCAAGAGUUAGAAUGCAUAAAUAUAUCUAGUGUUAGACUUUGAUACUUGCUUUUUAUUUCUUACCAUGAUGUGCUUUUAGGCAUAUAAUUUUUGUUUAUUCUUCUUAAGAUAUUCAAGAAUUAUCAUAUUGUUUGACGUUUUGCCUACUUUUUUUAUAGUUUAUACAAUACUAUUAUUUAUUGAAUUUUAAGUGAAUCCUUUUCAGUUGUAU